AUGGAGGCAAAUACAAAGCGUCAUAGGCUUCCUCUCCACAGAGUCCUCCUGCUAGGAAGUGGUGGAGUUGGCAAGACAUCUCUCUGCAACAGUUUCUGUCUUGGUCAUUUUGUUGACACGUUCGACUCUAGCAUCGAUAAUGGCUACCGGAAGGAGAUCGCGGUUGAUGACAAGCCAUGCGUGAUCCAUAUCUUCGACAAAGGUGGCCAGGCUGAACAUCUGACACUCAGACAGGAAUGGAUUCGAGAAAAUACGGCCUUUAUACUUGUUUUCAGUUUCUUAUCCAGGGAGUCGUUCGAGAAGACGAAGAAGCUGUAUCAGCAGAUACAGUCCAUUAAAAACGCACCUUUUCCAUUGAUACUCGCCGGAAACAAGAGCGAUAUCAAGCCGGAAUUAUGGGAAAUAUCUUCUGAAGAGGCAAGGAGCUUGGCAACAGAUUUUGAUUGCGAGAUUAUGCAGACAUCAGCCAGAUACGACGAAAAUGUAGAGGAAAUGUUUCAUAAACUCAUCGCAAUAGCCUUUAACCUCGAAGAACGAAAUCGAGAACAUGCGAAUGAUUCUCAGAAUCAUCCUAACGCCCAAUUGAGCAUCGACGACAAAGGCUCACAUGGCGACGGCGCCAGGGACGAUAACACAAAGGACACCUCAGGGGAUACAAGCGAAAGAAUAUUCGAAACAAACUCGAGCACUAUCAUCAAUCACACGAAUUUAUUACGGCACACUGAUCACGCCACCGAGCGGGUGGAUGAUUCAAUGCCUAGAAGCAAUUAUAGGGAAAGGACUGGCUGGAGACACCGUUUCUCAAAUUUUCUGAGACAUUUGUGA